AUGUUUUUGCAAUGGAUAGCCCAUUUAGGGCUACUUCAACACAACCCUGAGAGCAACGUUCUCGGCAACUUUCCUCUUAACGUGAGAAAAGUACUCAUCUCUGAAAUAACACAGACACUUUUGCAGGCACAUGAUCCCAAUCUUUUGUCCUCGCCAACUCAUGUACGUUGGGUUAUGGAGGCAAUUGGUCAAGGAUUCGCUUUGCCCUUAGAGGAGAUGGCAAUCACUGCAAAUUCUAAAGAAUUAUACUCACAAUGGUUGUUUGAGCCGAAUUUUAGACCGGCCGCAAUUCGUGAUCUUACCGGAAAGCCAGAAGAACAAAAGUUUUGGCAGGUAAUAUUUCAUCAUUAUUCGCUACUCUUUCAACCUCGUACUCCCACUGUAAAUCCACCUCAAGCCCCCACACCGACUACUCCAGGAUUUCCCGCUGCUGUUAAUCAAACAUCGUCCAAUUACACAUAUAUACAACGACACAUAGAGCUAUGUAAAGGAGUGUUAAUCGUAUUGACUAUGGCUGGGCGUACGCUCGGUUCACAAUUUUCUGAAGAAACAUGGCUCGUUCUUUUAAAAGUCGUGCUCGGAAUCACUGAUUGUCUGUUGCGAGAUCCCUCAACAACCAUGGGCGAUGAAUUAUGUGAACAUUUAUUACGAGUACUUUUUGAAUUAUGGUUAAGAUCUAAAAUUCGAAAUGUUGAGAUGUGGAAUAUUUUUAAAAAAUGUUUCAAUUUAUGGACCCACCGAUUACAGACUAUUCAUCAAUGGAACGCUACUACAUUAGCAUUGACUCAACGUGUCGCUAGAUUACUCUAUGGUCCAAGAGAAGGGGCUGAUAUGGUGAGCAUAUCUGUCGGUGGCUACAAUGUUGGAUUAGAUCUUCCGACAGAGUUUGUGUAUUAUGCUUGGUAUCGAAUAAUUUACCUUAUAAACUAUCCGUGUGCAUUACCCCCUUCGAAUUUUGCAUUGUCAAUUAUGGGGAUUGGAAGAAUCAUUGAUGCUUUUCAAUCCAUCGGAAAUUCAGUAUCUCAAAAAAUACAUCAAAAGGAAAAUUCAAGUCAAGGAUUAUUUUCUACUAUACCCGACGGAAAUACACUAUUACACAUGUUUGGUAAAUGGCUUUUUGAAGCUUGUGCCAUAAAAAAUUGUGAUCCUGAUAUGCAGCAAGGAAGAGCCACCGCAUAUGGUAUCCUAUGUAAAAUAUUUUGUUCAACUGAACGGCGACAGAAAUUUUUGCGAAACUACAUCACGCAAUUUUAUCGUGCUUUAUCUGAAGGCUUGCGCUCCCCUAGCUGUCUCCCCGUUAUACUGAUGAACACUGAUUCACUUUUCGCGACUGAGCUAGAAGGCGUGAGAAUGAUGGUGCCUGAUUUUGUGGUUGGCAUAAAAAUGAUAUUGCCAAAACUCGCGACAAAUUUUCACACAAAGAUACCGCUUGAUGAUUUAAGAUUAGCUGCUAUUAAAGUCGCAAGCACGAUAAUGUGUUUGCCGAAUCAUUUUGAGAGGGUAUCACUGAAAGAGGAUUGGGCAAUUGGAAUACAUCAAAAUGGUGAUAAGCCAUUGGUUAAUGAUUCAGAUGAAGUAGUUGUUAAUGAUGUGCUGAAAUUCUAUAUUUUAGAAUUGCUUCUUACUUCACUUAAAACCGACAAAUCUUCCUACAAUCUUCGUUAUCUUCUUCAUCUAAUUGACGUUUAUGUUGUUGAGGAUGUAGCUUUUUGUCCGGGUUUAGUCGGUCUAGUUGUCAAGACUAUUCAAGAAAAGCUAUUGACGAUGACUCUGCCGGCAGAUGUAACCUUGUAUGCAUUUGACGUCUUAAAAGAUUUUGUUGGAUUAUAUGACUAUAUACAAAGGGAUAACAAGAACUGUGCCAGGGAAUUAGUAUUAGCAUUUUCACGUUACAUUGAUACGUUACUUAAUGGCGGCUAUGGAGGAUUGUCAGUAAAUUAUCCUUUAAUUGAGCUAGCUUAUGAUUGUAUGGUGCAUUGGAUACUAAUUGGGCAAUGGAUUGUUGGAGAUCGUGAUUGUUACGAAGCAGUAAUUGCGACAAUUAGUCGAGGAAUAUCCAUUGGAUUACAUGAAGAUGAAGUUUCGAAUCUUUCUCCAAAUUCAGAGAAGAAAAAGAAUCGUAAAGAUGCGACACCAAACAAACUUUUUCUUCCCCGUAAUAUCAAAUCGGCUUCCUCGAGCAAUGAAAGCAUAGCAAAUAAUGGUAUACAAAUGCAACAAGGCAAAAAAGAGGAAGUUGCCAUAAAGAUUGCAGCUGAAAUUGCAAUGACACAAAUUAUCAAUCAUUUGGGUAACUUUCCUUCCUGGUCAGAUCAUAUUGGUCCGAGCAGGGUUUCCACCUUAUUUAAUCAAGACUUGGAAUUAGCAAUGAGUCAGAUUUCUGAAACACGCGAAUUUGAUGGAGUUUCAGUACCGGAACUUGUUCGUUAUUUUUUGAUUGAUGGUCGUCUCAUAUUGGGAUUUGUAGAACUACCAAAAAAUUCGGAUUCUUCCACUGUUGUUACACCAACAUCAGCUCAUCAACAAAAUUUUCCUAAUCCUGAAAUAGAUGAUUCUGUAGCAGCUCCAUCGGUUAUUAUGGUUAUUCGUGAUAGCACCGGCAAAUAUUCUUGGACAUCACAUAUGCGAUAUAAAACAUUAGAUUCUGAUCAUGAUAAUUCAAAAUCCUCACAUCAAGAUUUUGACAAUUCCAACACCACACAUCAUCCUCCAUCUCCAGUACCAGCUUUACAAGCUAGCACACCACUUAAUUUAUCAUCUGAUACCCAAGAAGCGAUAAGCCACGCAAACGUUCCAAAGAUAUUUGCCUUCGACGAAAACAAUUAUGUACCUAGUAUGGAUAAAAUAUUAAAAGAGGGUAGUGAAAGUUGGCUAGCUUAUAAUGUCAUCAAGAAGUUGACGCUCAAACAAAUAAAUGCAGAAGAACAUGCUAUCAUGCGAAAACAGCAUGGAAAACUUUUCGGUCAAAGUUAUAAAGCCGAACCAGCUCGAUUAAAUGCCAAUUUAGAGAGUCCGCAAGCUUUUCGUCUCUUUAUGUCGCAAAUGGGUCUUUUAAACUUGGAAAAUCGGCAUCGAGUUGUUCCUUUGAGAAUCUCCGAAAAAUUAAUUAAGGAUUUAGAAGCGCUAGAUCAAAUGCAUGAGCGAGAUUGUAUAAGCGCUUCAGUCUUUUUUGCACGUUCUGGCCGGGAGUCAUAUGAAACCAUAGUUAAUCCUGAAACGAUAAGCGAAGAUUUUGAGAAAUUUCUGAACAGUCUUGGAUGGCCGGUUGAUCUAGAGACUCACCCCGGAUUCAAGGGAAACCUAACACCAUCGCUUUGCAAAACUGCCCCGUAUUUUGCCGACAGAACUGUUGAGCUCAUCUUCAAUGUUCCAUAUCUCAUUCAAAGGCCUACGUCUAACACAACGGAUCUUACUACUUCAAUAUUUAAACGUGUGUCCGCAGACGAUUACGUUUCUAUAGUAUGGAUAGAAGAUAUUCGCGGAAUAUACAGCAUAUCUCAAAAGAUAAAAAAAUCAGGACUAGUUUAUAUAUUUGUGCAUCCUCUACAAAAUGCAACAGGAUUAUAUUGGAUACGAAUAAUCAUGCCAGGUACCCUUCAUUAUAGUAAUAGUGAACGAAAACAAGGAAAAGGGAAAAACAUUUGGACGGCAAUUACAAAGUUAGCCGAAAAUCCCAUGAAUAUUGGACCUUUAGUAGACGGGAUGAUUGUGAGUCGUCACGCACUGGGAACGCUAGUUCGAAAUACUACAAUAUCGGCUCAUCACGCAUGUAGAGAGUGUACUGAGGCAUUUUCUAGACCCUACGCGGUUAGACGACAAUUUAUUGACGACAUACAUCGUAAAUAUAAGACUAAUAUGGAUGUCUCCGAGUGA